AUGGGGUUAAAAAGAAAGAAGAGCCCACCAAGUCGACAGCGGCAAAGCCCAGCGCCUCCUCCUCGAAGCCCGCGCUGUCUAAACCUUCCCUGCCUUCGGCGAAGCCUGAGCUGUCUAAACCGUCAUUGCCUGCGUCCAAGCCUGAGUUGCCGAAACCGUCGUUACCUUCCUCGAAGCCUGAUCAGCCAAAGCCCUCGUUGCCUGCCUCUAAACCUGAACUGCCCAAACCCUCGUCGCCUGCAUCGAAGCCUGAACUGCCAAAACCGUCGUUGCCUGCUGCUAAGCCUGAGCUGCCUAAACCAUCCGUGCCCGUCUCUAAGCCUGAUUUGCCCAAGCCUGGACUUGCAACAGGAAAGGCUGAGCUGGCGAAGCCUGUGGGCGCACCAAAAGCCGUGGGCUCUCCUGUUGGAGAGGUGGCCGGCAAGACAGGAAUAGCAACCAAACCCGAUCUCCCGAAACCUCCUCUAGGCGGACAGCUCCCACAGUCCAAGCCAGGGGAUCUGCCGAAAUCUGGAGCUGCAGAAGCAGUAAAGAAGUCGGAUCAGCCAAAGACGGGAGCCCCACCCACCGGGUUGACGAAGCCGGGGGCCUCUCCUCCGGGGCCCUCCAAGCCAGCGGGCGGCCCUCUGGGGAAGCCGGGGCCUCUUUCGAAGCCUGGGGCAGGGCUCUCUCCACCAGAUGGAAAGCAGACGGAGGCUGGGGGGCCGCCGAAGCCUGAUGGGAGCAAGACAGCGCUCCCUGCUGCUGGACCAGGGGCUGCCCUCUCGAAGCCACCGCUAGGUACCGCCCCGGUAGUUAAGACGGGGGUUGCUCCAGCAUCGAAACCAGGCCUGCCUGCAGCAAAAGAUCCCAAAACGGGGGGGGCAGCUUCACCUGCUGGACCCCCUGCUAAGAAGGACGCGAAGCUUCCAGCUGCCACGGCAAAACCGGGGGGCGGCCCUCCAUCAACGGCAGGGAUUCCCCCUAAGCAGGCUAAAGAGGCACCUGACGCAAAGAUAGAUGCAAAAAAGAGCCCUCUAGGAAAACCUGGGGAGGCGCCCAAGCCACCACUUGGAGCCCCGUCCAAGCCAACCCCAGGGCCCCCCAAACCCGACCUGAGUAAGCCUGCGCUAGCUAAGCCUGCGCUAGCUAAGCCUGCGCUAGCCAAGCCUGCGCUAGCUAAGCCUGCGCUAGCUAAGCCUGCUCUAGCCAAGCCUGCUCUAGCCAAGCCUGGAUUAGCCAAGCCUGUCAUUCCUUCCAAGCCCUUGCCCGCCUUAGCCAAAGGGGCUCCGGCAGCAAAACCGGCGCUGGCCCCCAAACCGCUCGUCCCAGCAAAGCCAGCCCUCUCCAAGCCAGGACUGCCCCCAGCCAAGGGCGCAGCAGGUAAGGCGGCCUAA